GGGAAGCACGCAUGUGCCGUCAACCCGGAUGUAGAAAUGCUUGUACGCGUCUCACUCCUAUUUCACCAACUUGUGACAUAUGUGUGUCUUGUUAUUGUUAGUGAUACAUUUUAGCACCGGUUUGGAACAAAGCCUUGCUGGUCCAAAUCGUUCCAAACCGGUUUAACGUCAGCCGUGACAUGAGUCGACCUCCGUGGACGGUACAAGUGAGAGACAGCUCCACAACCACAAGCAGUGUCCGAGGAGAUGCACUUUUGAUUUACGGUGAAAGAACACAGAUCCUUCAGUAACUUGAAGGAUGGACUUUCGUGGUAGGAGGCACGAGCGAGGCAGCAACUGGACUGACCAGGAGAUAGUGGAGCUGCUCCAGCUGUGGUCUGAUGACUCUGUCCAGAUCGAGCUGGAGAGCUCGCUGCGCAACCAGCGUGUGUUUGACCGCAUUGCCCACAUCCUGCGAGAAAAAGGCAUUUUCCGCACAGGUGACCAGUGCAGGGAGAAGAUCAAAAAGAUGAAGCUGGAGUACCGCCGAAUCAAAGACAACCACAAGAUGAGGUCCUGGAAGUUUUAUGAUGUGAUGGACAGAGUGCUGGCCAACCGACCAUCCAUUACCUAUUCCUCCUUGGGUGGAGCUGUCAUAGCUCAACAGGUGUUUCAGAAUCCCGUGGGGCCUGACACGUACUUGCAAGGAGUCCCAGCUAGCUCCUUUGGUCCUGUGUCCUCAGGUGGGUUUCUGUUUGGUCAGCCUCCCAAAACCGGCGAUCCACUGGAUAUAAAAUGUGAAGACGAUGAGCAGAGCAUGUUGAAUGCAAAUGCUGCGCCGCCGGAGAUGUAUUAUGGGUCUGGAGAUGACCAGGAAACUGAUGGGCAAUCUCUACUGGGGCCAGAGGACACACUGGGUCAAGGAGAGAGCUCCACACAUGCAAGAAUCUCACCUUCAGGUUUUAGUGAUGUGAACCUUGCUGCUCCUGCCACAACGGCCUCCCAGACUGUUGGUGUUCCUGUAAUACUGAACACAUUUGAACUGCCCACCAAGGAGGCACCUCAUUCCCCAGCUUCUGUGAGGCAGCGAAAGCGUCGCCACGGUGGGAAAACCUCAUGGAACCAUGGAGGUUCUAGGGGUGGUGGUCAUCAUGGCAGCCUGGAUAAAACCCUGGUCAGCUUCCUGAACUGGCAGAAGUCAGCAGAGGAGCGCCUCCUCUCUCUGGAGGAGGUGAGGUUAGAGAGAGAGCUGCAGGCUGAGGAGCGCAGGCAGCAGAGGGAGGAGAGGAGGGCAGAGCAGGAGCGCCAGCAUGAGCUCCGCCUGUUCAGCAUGCUGACAGGAGCGCUGCUUGCUGUUGGAAAGGCUGCUCCGACCACGGCCAUGACACAGACUGACCCCUCUGUCCCAACCCAAACUCCCCUGACCUCUUCGCAGUUGGCCACGGCUGCCUCCUCCGCCUCGACAUCUUCUCCUCAGCUGCCUAUUGAUGCUCCCGCAUCACAGGCUGUUUCCCCUCAGGAGACAAAAACAUUAGCACCACUCACAUCUGUCAAGGCCUGCAAAAUGUCCCAAGAUGUUUCAGCAGAGAUUCCCCACCGUAGUGUGUACCUGUCCAAACGUGGUAAUCGCAUCCGACAGCAUCAAGGGAUUCUCCAGGAAGGCUUUGCUCAGUAUGCAAUGGACACACACCAUAACAGGGACAAUCCUGAUGGUGUAAUCAACAUGGGAACGAGUGAAAACAAACUGUGCUAUGAUCUUCUUCACAAACGGCUGACCAAGCCUGACAUGCUGCAUAUUGACCCGUCCUUGUUGCAGUAUUCAGACUGGAGGGGACACACAUUCCUCAGAGAGGCGGUCGCAAAGUUCCUGACUCAUUACUGCUCUUCUCCAAACCCACUCAAAGCUGACAACGUUGUGGUGAUGAACGGUUGUGGUUCGCUCUUCUCAUGCCUCGCUGCAGUCAUUUGUGACCCUGACGACGUCAUUCUUAUUCCGACUCCUUUCUACGGCGUUAUCACCGAGGAUUUACAUUUGUAUAGCGACGUUAAACUCUUCCAUGUUCCACUGGACUGUGAGGUUGACGGUUGCAAAGACAGUCGACCGUUUCACCUCACUGUAGAGAAGCUAGAUGCAGGUCUGAAAAAAGCCAAGCGAGAGGGUUUAAUGGUCCGAGCUGUUAUACUCAUGAACCCCCAUAACCCUCUGGCUGAUGUCUACACCUCGGAGGAGAUGACCGCUUUUUUGGAGUUUGCCAAAAGAAAUGAGCUGCACACCAUUGUAGACGAAGUGUACAUGCUGACGAUUUUUGACGAGUCUGUCACCUUUCGCAGUGUUCUCAGCGUCGACAGGUUGCCCGAUCCGCAGAGGACACACGUAAUGUGGGGAAUGAGCAAGGACUUUGCAAUGGCAGGAAUGAGGAUAGGCACACUGUAUACUGAGAGCAGAGACCUGGUGGAAGCUUUGGCCCAGUUGGGCUCAUUCCACGGUAUCUCUGGUUCCACGCAGCACCAGGCAGCGCAAUUGCUUGAAGACAGAGAGUGGAUCAGUGUGGAAUUUCUGCCUGAAAACCGAAACAGACUGAAAGCUGCUCACAGCUACCUGACAGAAGAGCUGCGGAGUCUGGACAUCCCUUAUCUGGACAGGCCUGCGGCCCUGUAUGUCUGGGCUGACCUCAGGAAGUACCUCAGAGAGUCGUCGUUUGAGGAAGAGUUGUCUCUGUGGAGGUGUUUCCUCAGACACAAGGUGGUCAUGAGCUGCGGUCAGGCCUUCCACUGCUCCACACCCGGCUGGUUCCGCAUCGUCUUUGCAGACCAACAGGACCACAUUCAGCUUGGCCUGAAGCGAUUCAAGGAGGCUUUGAAAGAGAUUGAAGAAAGGAGCGUGAGCCCGGAUUCACACUCUGUCAAAGAAGCCAGUGAGGAGAGCAAAAAGUCAGUGAAAGAGGACAGUGGAGAUUCGGACAAUGCCGCGAUUGUUAAUUCGACAUCAUCGCCCCGGAGCAAGUCAUCCGACCAGCUGAAGGAGAAGGAUGGCCCUGUUCCUGACACGGGUUCGCUGGCAUCUGAGGAGUUUGUGUUGCUGGACUGCCAAACGUCGAAGCACACGGAGAGUCUGGAGUCCCUGAUUGGUACUCUCAAGCAUCAAAUCCGCUCCUCUGAUUGGCUGGAGAAAAAAACUCCAGAGCUGUCCCCCGGAGAGGACCCGGAGAUUCUUGACGUAUUCCAGGCGCUGCUGCAAAGGGCCAGAAAGUGAGUUCAGGAUAAACAGACACAAAUGUCACUGCCGGUGUUAAAGAGGCAGCACUCGAUCAUCUCCCUCCCUCUCUGUGUUUAUGGCAAAACGCUCGACACAAGCUUCUGACACAAAGUGAGAACUCAAAUUCCUGUUUCUGAGGAGUGGAGAGCAACGAGAAGACGAGGACAAAGUACUUUCCCAUCUGGAUCUUGAGGCCUUAUUUUCAAGCUGCCCGUGGAGGUGGCCUUGAAUUAAUUUUGUCUUUUGAUAAUCCAGUCAAAAGGUUUGUGUUCAAGUUAAAGUAAAUGCCAAAUGUAACUCAACCAAAAGCAGUCCUGUUUGAUUUGCAUACCGCUUGCAUCUCUUCAUCUAAAUUGUACAUUUAUUUUUAAAUAUUCAUCGUAUGCACUUUAUUUCAACAGAUUAUGUCGUGUUUCAGUAAAGGAAUUGAAUUGAAUUGGA